AGUUAUUUCCUUCAAAAAUACACCGUUUUAAUUUCUCAAAUGGAUCCGUUCGACAUUGAUGGUUUGAAUGUUCGACUCCGUGACCUGCAAAGACAAUUGCAAGACGACAUGGAAGAGUUCCGAGAUAUGGCCCAGAUGGACGAUUUUGCUCAUCCGUUUGGAGGAAUAGAUGCAGCUAUCAACGUCGAUGAUCCAGUAGAUGAUGCAAAUAACGAUGAGCCAGCAGCUGGAGCUGAAAAUGUUUUAGACCGGGAAGAUAAUCAACCUCAGCCGGAAGCAGUUGCCACGCCUGACGUUCCGAAGGCAGAAAAUGAAAAAGAAAAGGAGGAUGAGGCGGACGAUACAAUUUUAACGUCGAAGGGCACCGAAAUGAAAGGAUUGUCGUGCGGAAUCUGUUAUGACCCGUUUAACACCGGCAAGCGUAUUCCAAAAGUGUUUCCAUGCGGUCACACGAUUUGUCUCCAAUGUAUCAAAAAACUUCUCAACACCAGAACUUUUCUCGGCGGAAACACAGUCAUCUGUCCAUCGUGCCGACAAAAUACUCGCUACAGCUUAACCACCCCGGCCGAUAAGAUUCCAACUAAUUUCUGCAUUCAAUCAUUGUUAGAGCAAAGACAGCAGGAGAAAUCAACAAAAGAGCCGGAAGCUGUGAAAUGUACCGAGUGUCACACGACAGUGAGCGCUAUUGAAGCUACAACAUGCUCAGACGAAACGUGCCAGAAAGAGAUUUCCGAGGAAGAAUUGAAGAAUGUAGACAAAAUUAAACGUCCGAAGGAAACCCUCAUUUGUCGUUCGUGUAUCGAAACGAAUCACUCUACCCACAUCUUCGUCUCAUUUAGCAAUGUGGCUGCUCAAUAUGAAGCGAAUAAGAAGAUUCUUCUAGCUGAAUCAUUGCUCAAAAAGAAGCUAAAAGCUGUUGAUGAGGCGCUUUUAGCGUUUGACAAGACGAAAGCUGAAGCAAUUGAUCAUCGACGAAGAAUGGCAAAUGCAUUGGUGAAUAUUAGAAAGGAAGCAGAUCACCCGGAUUUCUACGAAAGCUUGAAUAGAUUUAUGAGUUCUAUGAAAUCAUCUGGAGAGUUGUUCAAGACGUUGAGCAGCGAUUUGGAUAAAUUUGAAAAUUCCUCAAAGGCUCGCUACCAUCGCUCGUUCGGUCGUGAUGUUCUCCGUCCAAGUGCUUUUCCACAAGAGACGGAUGGUUCCAAACAAGAAGUGAAGCAAGCACCCGCCCCUGUACCAGUUCCUCCGGCACGACCAAGACCUGGCCCAGCUCUCAAUCGUGAGAGAUUCCGAAGACUUGGAGCAGUUGGUGGUUUUGUGGUGCCAAUUGUUGGACGGGAUGCAAAUGCUCCUGGAGGAGUUCGACAUUUGGCGAAUGAAAUCGACGAAUUCUUAGCACCAAACGAUCAGGGCCUAGCGGCUCAUUUUCGACGAAUCUUUGGAGAUCUUCCGGACGAUGAUAUUGCUAUUGAUGUUCAGAUUGCUGCUGCUGCUCCAGCUGGCGAUGCUCCCGCUGCUGGUGGUGGUGAUGAUGCUGUAGAUGGUGCUGGUGAUUUUCUUGGGCCUGCUGCGGAUCUUCGUUUAGCUGGUGCUGCUGGGGCUCCACUGAAUAUUGCUGAUCGUAUGUAUCGAAGACAUCGAAUUGCUGCUCGAGCGCAGUUGGCUGCUCCUCGCCGUGCCAAUCGUAAUGGAAACAAUGUUCGAGAUCUUCGAAUGGUUCGUCACCACAUUUUCCGUGCCAUUGCUCAGAAUCCGGGAUUGCACAGGAACGAUGCGAUUCAACAGGCUAUUGACGGUUUACGAGAUUAUAUUUGGAAUCUCGAAGGUCCGUACGCAAGAAAUCCUUUUGAAUUGGAUCAAAUUGAUAUGAGACGUGAUUUGGAUAAUGCACAACAAAGAUUGAAUCAGUUGGGUGCCAGGCUUCAAGAACUUGAAGGAAAUCUUCGAGCAAGAGACGAUCCAGCUCAGGAUGCUCCAUGGCAUGAUGUAGUUGUCCAAGAACCUCUCAAUCCGCUCCCACCAAUUCAAGGAAUCGAGCAAGAAGUUGCAGAUAGAGCUGAGAUAGCAGAACUUGUCAAUCGAAUCAUGGGAAUGGUUCGCAACGAGGCAGAAGCCGAAGCGAAUGCAAAUGGACAGCGUGCACCGAAAAACAUUGAGAUGCCUGCACUACUCAAUCCAGACGCCAAUCCAGAUGCUCCAAACUUCAAAAACUUGCAGCCAUUGCAAGUUCAACCAUAUCUUCGUGACUUGAGAGCUUUAGAGCUUGAAUGGAUUCAGAAGGCGCAAGACAGAAGAGCUCGCGGCGGUGCUCAACCACCUGUAGAAGAUGUGGAGCAGAAUCCUGUGGUGGAAGGAGGCACAGACGCCCAACGCCGCGCCGUGUCGCCUACCCAAGACGAGCCUGCUGCAAAGAGAAAUCGUCAGUAAACUGGUCUUAUUAAUUAUUCUUUUUCAAGUCAAUCUUAAAUAUUUUAUUUAUGUUUUUUCUUCUGUAACUCCCCCCUCCCAAUUCCUGUCAUCAUUAUCAUUAUCACCAGUGGGAUUGUACCCUUUUUCUAUUCUCGUGAUCGUAUCUCAUGUUCAUUCCGACUACAGCUUUUAUAUUUCCAAUACUAUUUGUGAAUUCUAAAUAGUUUAAUUUGUUCUCUUCUGUAUCCGCUUAUCAUCAAUUCAAUUUUAUUUAGAAAUAAUUUCAAUGAGUGUUUAAAAAACGCGUGAACCCUUUAAAAAAGAAUCUCCCACUAGUUCCACAGAUCGUGGAAAUAAUCAGUUCUCAAUAAGAAGUUUCUUU